ACUAACUAUGAGCAACAGUGGCAAGGAACCAGAACUCCAUCAGGUGACAGACAGGAGCAAACGAUCGCCGAUCCCCGAUCAGUGGGACCCCAGGGUGGGACCAGGUGGGACCCAGCACUUCACAACACACACACACACACCAAAGUCCGUCUACAUUCUCUGAACACACCCUGACCAGGGAGGAAGAAAGACUUCCACGGCACUUGCGUAUUUUCGGUCACACAUAAGGAAGCUGUGAAGGUCUAAACAUGAUCCACUUCUUCUGCCUCGCGUGUCUUCUUGCAGAUUCCGUGUUUUCGGACCGUUUCGCAGCACCAAUAAACACGAACGACAGACCAAUAAUCGGUGUUCUCGCGCAGGACGUGUUCAACGCGACGCCUCAGAGAAACGCGUACAUCGGGGCGUCGUACGUCAAGUUCCUGGAGUCCGCGGGCGCGCGCGUCAUUCCGCUGAUGAUCAAUAGGACUGAAGAUGAGUACAGACGGCUGUUUAAAUCCAUAAAUGGAGUUCUGUUCCCAGGAGGCGGAGUCAGUUUAGAGUCAUCCGGAUAUUCCAGAACGGCCUCCAUUUUCUACAGACUCGCUCUCGAGGCCAAUUCAAACGGGGAUUAUUUCCCAGUAUGGGGGACCUGUCUAGGGUUCGAGAUGCUCACACUGCUCACCAGUGGCCAGUUGCUCCUGUCCCACACGAACACCAGAGGAGUCGCUCUGCCACUGAACUUCACUGACGAUUAUCGAGAAGGCCGACUGUUCAGAGAGUUUCCCGAGGAGCUUCUGAAAUCUCUGGCGACGGAGCGGCUCACGGUGAACUCGCAUCAGUGGAGUCUCACGACUGCGAACUUCACGAAGAGCGAGAAACUGAAGAACUUCUACAGGGUUUUGAGUACAAACUCCGACGGACAGAACGAGUUUGUGUCCACACUGGAAGCAUAUGAUUUCCCCAUCUACGCGACUCAGUGGCAUCCAGAGAAGAACGCGUUCGAGUGGAAUCGCCCGUAUAUUCCCCACUCGCCCCGAGCCGUCGAGACCGGCUUCCACAUCGCACUCUUCUUCGUCAACGAAGCGAGGAAGAGUACGCACCGCUUCCCCAGCGAGGAGGAAGAGGAGAAGGCCCUGAUCUACAACUAUAACCCGGAGUACACCGGCGCGCACACCGCCUUCCAGCAGACAUACUUCUUUCAUUAGCAAAUCUCUAUUAACUUCAUUAUUAUUACGGUAAUGGAUUUAAUUUACUAAUUAAAACUGCACAUUCUCCCACUGUGAUGUGAAGAACAUCAAUCAAACUGAAUUGUGUUUUUUCAGAUGUUUCACAAUUUAAUAAUUCACAAUCAACCAACAUUUGGCACGUAAACAAACAUGUACAUAUACAAAUCUGUAGUGUUAAUAAAACACGAGCUCUGAUGAAAACAUGUACAGAAAAAUCAAAAAUAAAUGCAGUCGUAUUCA